ACAUCUAAAAAACCUCUGGUACGUUGCCAAGGGCCAAUAUUAUCAGACUUCUCCCUCACACAGAAGGGUCACAUACGUUGAUUUAUGGCAACACUGAUCUUGUGUCUCACUGAAGACUAAAGCGCAGACUUUGGUUACACAGAGUCGAGCCACUGACUGCAGAAUGGAUUCAACCUCUUUCCUAACUGUAACCUGUGUGAACUGGGAUAUCAAAAGUCUGCUGCUCUUCAUCACUAUUUUUAUCCUCACUAUAGACUGCAUUAAGAACCACCGGCCAGCCAGCUUUCCUCCGGGACCUUGGGCUUUGCCUGUUGUGGGUAACAUUUUCUCAUUGGACCACAAAAAGACGCAUGAGAGUAUGACAAAGGUAAAUGAACCAGUCUAAAAAAAUAAUUACUAUUAAAUAAUGAAAAGGUCAACAUAAAAAAACAACUUUGUUUCAUGUUAUAUUGAGAAUUUUAUUUAACUGUUUUUUUUUAAUCUGUUCACAGUUAGCAAAGAAAUAUGGAGAAGUUUACAGCCUACGAAUGGGCCAGGAAUGGUAUGUAAUCUUAAAUGGGUUUGAUGUUCUGAAAGAAGCUCUUGUAAAUCAAGGAGACAGUCUGGCAGACCGCCCACCACUACCUCUGGUUGUGGACCUAAACAAUGGACUAGGUGAGAAAAUGUAAAACAUGGACUGGGCAAAUCCUAGUCCUUGUAUUUGCAGUUCUGUAUCCAAAAUUGAAGGAAUGUCACUUGACCCCAUUCGUCCCCAGUGGCUUUACCCGGUGGUGUGUGAAUGGAAUUAGUAAAAAACUGAUGGGCUCUAUUCAUAGCAGUUUUUGCCAUCGGUGUGUGAAUGGGUGAAGGUGACAUGUAAUUUAAAAGUGCUUUGAGUGAUCAAAUGACUAGAGAAAGCAUCACAUUUACAUAGUCCAUUUACGAUCUAGCGUAAGUGCUACUCAAAAACAGGAGCAGAGACACAGAGGAAAAAGAACUAUAAAUUACAAGAAACCAAGAAAAUUAAGAUGGGACUAAACAUCAAUGUGUUACAAACAACCUUAACUCCACUGUUAAAAUGAGAUAAACUAAGAAAAUUUAAUUUAAAAUUUAAUAAAAAAAUGUGUAUUAAGGUGAUAAUCCUCAUUGUAGCUGUUGCUGGUUUGAUUCCUAGCCAAGGCCCUCUACUACAUGUCUUUCCCCAUUCUCUAGUCCCCACAUUUCCUGUUGCUAUUCAGCGGUCUAAUCUAAUAAAAACAACAACAACAAAAAUGGCCAAAACCACAACAUAAAACAAGUGCAGACCGAGCUCUGAUGGUUUUUUAAUUGUAUGUGAUCCUUUGUUUGUCUUUUCCAUGUUUUCUACUCAAUCUUUUCCCACCUGACGUGGAUUUCUAACCAGGAAUUGGUUUCACCAAUGGGCAAAUGUGGAAGCAACAAAGGCGUUUCACACUCUCAACUCUCCGGCAUUUUGGAUUGGGGAAGAAGUCACUUGAAUCAAUCAUCUUAGAUGAAUUCACACACUGUUUAAUAAAUGUCCAAAGCUAUGAAGGUAAAGUGAAACACUCAGGCAGAGGAACUUUUACAUAAACAAAAUCAACGACUAAUUUCCUGUUAAACUUUGCAGGUAAGCCUUUCAAUCCACACCUCAUCAUUAACAACGCUGUCUCCAACAUUAUCUGCUCCCUGGUUUUUGGACAUCGCUUUGAAUAUGACGAUGAAAAGUUUAAGCAACUGAUUGGCUGCUUUGAAAAAGGACUCCAGACUCAAGCCUCAAUUUGGGGACUGGUAUGCUUGGCAAUUUGAGCAGAUCAUAUCUCUGAUUUAUUUAUGCUACCCCAACUUCGAUGAAAGAAGCUGAAGACAUCUUUAUUUAUUUGGUUUGCUUUAGGUUUAGAAACAACAACAAAAAAAUUGUGAACAGCUCUAUUAUCUAGGCAAAUUCUUGUAGGAUCAGGACUCAGACUCAGCAAAACUAUGUUUAAAAAAUUGUAAUCGGAGCAAAAAAACUGAUCGGGACAUCCCUAUUUUAACAUCCAGUGAAAUAAUAAUGUUGUAUAACACCAUUUUACAAGAUAUUUUACAUUUAGAAAUGUUCUGUCAUGCAUGAAAUUGGUUUAUUAUGGUUGUUAUAUUUCUAAAAACUCAAUUCAAGCUUAAAAUUGUGAAAAUAACAUGAUAAAAAAUCCUCAAAUGAUGAAAAAACUUUUUUUUAUCUCACCAUUUUUAAUUUGUUCUGCUCUGCAGUUAUACAACUCCUUCCCCCGGUUGAUGAGAUGUUUACCAGGACCACAUCAAACAUUCCUGGAUAUUUUCAAUGAAGCAAAGGAGUUCAUAAGAGAAGAGAUAGAGAAGCACAAACAAAACUGGGACCCCUCUGACCAAAGAGACUACAUUGACUGCUACCUGAAUGAAAUACAGAUGGUGACUGGCACUACAUGAAUCUUUCUAUUAUGUACAUUGUACUGUGAAUGAAAAUAUUUGGAGGUCAGUUCUUGGGAAACAUGUUUCAUAACCAACAUUCGUGCUCUCAAAUGUUACGCUGUAUUUAGAUCGUACAAAAUCAGCUUGCUGUCUGUUUACAACCUAAUUUGCAUUCUUGCCAAGGUCUCUGUGUCCAUGAUGGCACUUUGUUUGAGGGCCAUUUACCGGACAGAAUACCCCUUUAUGCUCAGAAAGUACAGACUGAAACACUUUCCAGGGUACCGUUGCCCCUACAGAUUAAUAUAGUUGUAUUACCAUCUAAUCGCUUAAAAUGAUCAAACUACACGUCUUAACACACCUAUUUGAAUAUGUUGACAGGGUAAGAAGCAGACUGGCAACACUUUUGAUGAGGAAAACCUUGUUGCCUGUGUCUUGGAUCUGUUUGUGGCUGGCUCUGAGACAACAUCCACCACCCUGCGCUGGGCUCUCCUCUACAUGGCAAAGUACCCUGAGAUCCAGGGUAAGAUAACUCAUUCAAAAAUAUAUGAAUGGGCAACAAAUGCUUUUACUGGUGGUUUUCUAAUAGGUUCAAACAAAACUUUGAUGAAUAAGGUUGUUUUUUUUUUCCAUUACAAGAUAAGAAUACUGUAUUGUGCUAAUGCUGACAUGAAAGGGUUCAAAAUGUUUACCUGUUGGCUAAUUGUGCACAUCUAUAAUGCCAACACAGCUGUUCUUUACUGACUCUUUGACACAGACAUCAAACUUAAAAACUGAAGCAAGUCAUAUCAGCCUCAAUAUUUUUAAUCAUUAAAAACACAAAUGUAUCAAUGAACUAAAAUGGUUUAAAGGUUUAAAAAGCAGAGGGAGGAAAAUGGCAACAACCCUAACCCCAACCCCCCAGGCAAUUUGAACCCUAAUCUCUCCAUUAAUCAUUAUCUACUCCUGAAGUCUGCAGAUGAAAUUCAUCUGGUUCUUGUGAUUUCUUCCUCACAGCAAAAGUCCAGGCUGAGAUAGACAGAGUGAUUGGACGGUCUGGAAAGCUAUCAAUGGAAGAUCGAGUAGACCUGCCGUAUACAGAGGCUGUCCUCCAUGAGAUCCAGAGAAAAAGCAACAUAGUUCCUCUCAGUGUGCCUCAUAUGACCAACACAGAGAUCCAGCUGAAAGGUUACACUGUCCCAAAGGUAACAUUUCAACAAAACAUGAUUUUACUUCACCCCCACUUAAACAGGAUCUCUUUAUUCACUACACAAGACACCUAGAGAGGGGUGAUAGAGAAGAGCGGCCUGCUUAGUCUGAACCUGAGUGGUGUUUUAUUAUUGGACUUCUGUAAUAGUCACGGAUUGGCCAUAAAAACACCAUGUUCAAGCAUAGGGUGCUUCAUAAGUGUACAAGGCCAAAGGUCAAUGAUAGACCGUAUGGUAGUGUCAUCCGAUCUGUGGCUCCAUGUUUUGGAUACUCAGGUAAAGAGUGGAGCAUAGCCGGCUACUGAUCAGCACCUGGUGAUGAUUUGAUCAGCUAGUGAGAGAAGCUGUCAGAAAGACCUGGCAAAUGCAAACAUAUAGUGCAGUUGAACUGGGAAUGUCUUGCUGAGGCCUCUCUCCAUGAGGUUUAUUAUUGAUAAACUAUGCAUGUCCAAGCUCAGCCAGGUCAGGCAGCAGCAAACUCAUGUUCAAGGGGCAUCAAUACAUGCCAACUUUGCCAGUCUAGAAAUCUAACUGUACAUUUAUUUUCCUAGUCUGUUAACUAUGCAUCCCAAUGUCCAUGCCUUUAGCGGGGGCUGUUGGGAAUUAUUUUCCAAAACAAGCUUGCUGAGACUUUGUGAAGACCACACUUCCAGCCACAGCCCCUGGCUGAGAGUGUGUGCUGUAUGCCACACUUGAACAAAAGGAAACAUACUGAUAGCUGAAUGCAAUAUGACACCACACUUUAUCUCCAUGAGAGCUCAACGAUGAUCUUACAAUCAGUUACUCAAUAUUUGGUAAUUGUUUAUAUCCCUACUUUUGAUACCAUUCUUAUUAACAGGGUGUUACAGUUAUUCCCAAUUUGACCUCAGUGCUAUUUGACAAGGAUGAGUGGGAAACCCCUUUUGCCUUCAACCCAGAACACUUUCUGACUAAGGAUGGCAAGUUUGUGAAGCCCGCUGCUUUCAUUCCCUUCUCUGCAGGUGAGGAUCAACACAAUCAUUUAAGUCUUUCUUCGUUACUCAAGGAAGCUCAAAAUGCUGCUAGGCCUGAAUGUGGUCCUUUAAAGAAUCUUAGAUUAACAAAAAGUCAAGACCUUAUCAUUUUUUAUGAGUUUGUUCUCCAUUGUCAGGUAAGCGGCUGUGUCUUGGUGAGAACAUGGCCAAGAUGGAGCUUUUCCUCUUCUUUACCUCCCUUAUGCAGCACUUCACCUUCUCCAUGCCAGCUGGAGUAAAGCCUGUGAUGAACUACCACUUUGGAACCACUCUAACACCACAUCACUAUGAAAUCUGUGCAACCUCACGCUCAGAGAAGCUGUAACUGAUAAAGAGUGCUGACAAAAGCAUUUUUUGUUUGUUUUCAAUGGUGUCCACUUAUGUCUUGAUGAAGCACUUAAGAGUUAGUAAACACUUGGCUUUCAAUUUAGAUCACAUUGUGAGAAGACCCUAGUUUGUAUUAUUUUUCAAUUGUCAAGUCAAUAAAGUUGAUGUCUUUGCA